AUGGCAAUUGAGGAUAAUAUCAAUGAUGAAAUUUCAUUUUUGAACAAAAUAUCUGCAGAAUUAAACGAAUUGCAUGAUAGAUGCAGGGAUAUUGUCCAAACUGAAAAUAAAUAUUCAAAUGGUACACUUCUACCCGUACUAAUAAGUAGAAUUGCCUCAAUGACCGAACUUUUCGAAGAAAAGUAUAAUUCCUUAUGCAGUAUAAUAGCUAAGACACAUAAAAUAACUAAUCUGCAUGUAAGCACAAUUGCUGAUUCGGGCAAAAAGGAUAACUCGAUCCUAAACCUUACUUGUCACAGGAAGGUCCAAAUCUUUUCUGAACAACUAACCAACUACAAAUAUUUGUUAGCAAAGCUAUUUAGAGAUUCCCGUGAGGUGAAAUCGUUUGAAAUGUGUUACAGGGAUACAUACUCCAAAUUCAAAAACCGCAAAUUAGCGGAUUCCAACAAUGACUUAUCAACCCUUCAUACAACCAAUAGGGAACUGAGAGAUACUCUUUCUCAGGGUAUAAACACUGUAAAAUUGUUAUCAACGCAAAACAAAAGACUAAGUGGCAUAAAAAAUAAUUUAAUCGGGUUGUUACGCUUAGUAUCAGUAUCUGAUUCUACAAUCGUCAGCAUCCACAAAUAUGCCCGUAUGAACCAGCACAUUAUCACCCUCGGCUUUAUCAUGGCCUUUGUAUUCAUCUUUUUCAUAUAUUACUACUUUUAG